AUGGAGAGUGAUUGGGGCUGGCCAGCAAUUGGAAUUGAUUUGGGGGAUAGAUUCUCACGUGUGGCAAUUUGGCAGCAUGGUAAGGUUGAGAUUAUUGUCAACGAUCAGGGCAACCGGAAAACAUUAUCUUAUGUUGCUUUUACUGAUAAUGAGCACCUUAUUGGUGAUGCUGCCAAGAACCAAAGUAGUCAAAACCCUGCAAUCACUAUAUUUGAUGUGUACAAGCUUAUAGGAAGGACAUUUAGUGAUGUUACAGCUCAAUAUGACAUCAAGAGUUGGCCAUUUAAGGUUGUUGCUGGUGCAAAUGAUAAGCCUAAAAUUGUGGUUUCGUACCAGGGUAAGGAGAAACAGUUUGCUGCUGAAGAGAUAUGUUCUAUGGUGCUAAUGAAAAUGAAGGAGACUGCCGAGGCCUAUCUUGGUGUGGAAGUAAAGUAUGCAGUUGUUACUGUACCAGCUUACUUUAAUGAUUCCCAGCGGCAGGCAACAAAAGAUGCUGGAAUUAUGGCCGGGCUCAAAUCUGUUCAUAUUAUUAAGGAGCCAACAGCAGUCGUCAUAGCUUAUGGUUUGCACGAGCAACUUGCUUCUAGCUGCUUAGGUAAUAAUGUAUUGGUUUUCAACCAGGGUGGUAGGACCCUUGAUGUCUCUUUGCUAACUAUUAAUGAGGAUAUAGUUGAGUUUAAAGCAGUUUGUUGGGAUCCUGAACUUGGUGGAGAUGCUUUUGAUAAAAAAAUGGCGAACUACUUUAUCCAACUGUUUGAACCGUGGGCUUGUCAUAUCAGUGAAAACCCUGAACAUCUUGGAAGGUUGGUAGCUUCUUGUGAGAGGGCAAAGAGGAGUAUCUCUACAUGUUCAGAGACUGUCAUCAACCUGUAUUCUCAUAGUGUGGGUAAAUAUUUUUCUACAAAUAUCACUCGUGCAAACUUUGAAAGGCUUAGUAAUUAUCUAAUCAAAGAUUGUAUGCGCCUUGUUGAGAAGUGUUUGAGGAGCGCCAAGUUGGAAAGGGAAGACAUUCAUUAUGUUAUCUUAGUUGGUGGCUCGACUAGGAUCCCUAAAGUGCAGCAGAUGUUGCAAGAGUUUUUCCUUUGGGAGAAGCUCUUAAAUAGCUUCAACAGUGAGGAGGUUGUUGCUUAUGGGGCUGCCAUCCAUGCUGCAAUGUUAAGUCAUGUUGAUGUUUCUCCUAUUUUUUAUAGUGCUGAGCUUCAUCUUGGUAAGAUACAUAUAUGCUCCUCUAUUAUAUUUUUAUUAAAAAAAAAAAAAAAAAUCCACCCUCCUUUGAGAAGAGGGAGAUGCAUCAUCGGCAUCAUUAUUCAUGACUUGGGCUACUUGGGUGCACUUUUCACCCCUUUGUUGGCUGUUAGCGGUGUUAGCGACUGUACACUGGUGCAGCUGCUAAAGACAGUUCUUUGGUACUCCGUAAAAGGACGAGAAGUGCAGUACAAUCCAGGGGAAUCUUCUACGUCUUUAAUCUUAAACGACAUUGAUUCACUGCUGGAGGACCUGUACAAAGUAUCCAAGAAAAAAUCCAUAUCUAUCUCCUCUUCGAAAGUUCAAUUCUUGAAGCUUUUGGAGGAGAUUCGGCGCAAUCCAAAUGACCUUCACUUCACUGGGGAAUUGUCUCAAUUACUCCAGGACUUUCAUCCCUCCUUGCCUAUGCAUUCGCUGACUGUCAUUAAGUCUCUUGAAGAGGAUAUUUUGGCUUCACAACAUCGAUUUAUGGAAUGGACUAAAAAGGAGGUUGCUGCUCCUCUGAAACUUCGAGAAGCUGGUACAAUUCAAUCCCGCCUUGUUAAUAUUAAGAAUCAAAUAUUACAGAAGACAUCUUCUCGAGAUCAGCUCAGGUCAAGAAUAGCUGAAACAGAUAAGGAAAUAGCCAAGUUAAUGAACUGCAAAUCUCAAUUGGAAAAAGAUCACUGCUUGGCGGAUCAAGACCUUGGUAGGCUGACUCGCUCCAUAUGCCCUCAAGUCGAUGUUGCCAGGCAGAAGUCUGCUCAGUUGGCUCACCUUCGAGAGGCCAGCAACUUCAAGGCUAAGGCUUGGUUUUCAUUAGAGGCUGCACUUGAUAGCUUUGCCAAUUACUUGAAGAAUUUGUAA